UCGUCGCAUGCGUAUGCCGCGACCUUACGAAAUAUUCGAAUUUUUUGAAAUACAACGAAAUCGCAGUGCAAAGUGAAGAGCUGUGUGUAAAUAUAAAUUUAAAGAAAUUCUUACACAACAGUUGACAACAAGUUGCUGCCCACAUUAACAACAAGUUGUUAACCCUAUCUGCCAUGUCGCCCUACACUUCCUGCUCCGUGCUGCUGCUGGGAUUGCUCUCCCUUGCGCUGAGCCUGGAUGCAGCCUCUGGAGUUCUACGUUGCUGGCGCUGUUCCACAGAUGUCUCCAAUGGCGAAUUCUGCAAUGAUCCCUUCCAGUCGGACAGCAUCUCGGAGCAGCAGCGUUACUGGAGCUAUGUCAACUGCACCUACUCGGUGGGCGUUAAGUCGGUGAAUGCGCGGCCCGUCUGCAAGAAGCUCGUGCAGGAAGUCUAUGGCAAGCGGGUCAUAUCGCGCUCCUGCUUCUACGAGGAUGUGGACGAUGCGCCGGACAAGUGCGCCAUGGACACGACCUCAUCCUACAUCAAGACCGUUUAUUGCCGCACUUGCACCACCGAUGGCUGCAACUCGGCUGGAGGACUCUCCGGUUUGGUGGGGCUACUAGUGCUGCCCCUGCUCGCCGCACUGAGGCAGCAGCUAUGCAAAUGAGUUAAUGACUGGCAAAAUUCAGCCGUGGGUGGAGACUGCACACUUAAUUGCAUGAAGCAAAUGCAAAAAUGAAUUUAAAGCGUUGAAAUUCCUUUCGCCUAGUUAAGUCGCGUUUUUUUCGACAUAUCUUUCAGACUUUUACUCACACUACGAAAUUCUCUUAUAAAGAUUCAAGUAAUGCACUAAAUUUCAGCACCCAAUUGCUGGCAGUCACACUUCGCUAUAAAUAUAUCAUAAAAUUACCAUAUAUAUGUUAUACAGACUAUACAAAAUCUUAAAUGUAAAUGUUAUGUAGCUGUAGAACAUUCAAAGGUUUCCACUUGGUCAGUCUUAAGCAAUCAAUAAAUUAUAGUUAAACGGUCGCAUAUUCUACUUGCACGCCAAUUGGGUAACACACAUUUGAUUGAUUACACACACACAUACCAACACACACUCACACACACAGACAUCUUUACAUAUAUAGGCCUUUGUAAUAUUGUAUUACUUAUUGUAAAUGUAAUCGAAGCACUUUUUUAUGGU